AUGGAAGCUGAAAGAACGCCAAAUCCUCCCCAAAACGCCGGUCCCCCCGAAAGAAAAGGCCCUCCAACCAUAGAAUGCCCAUACGAACAAUGCCCGCGUCUCUUCUACACACAAGAAGCACUGCGCGAACACAAGCAGUCAGAACCAACCCAUCCUUACUGCUUCCAAUGCAAAACGGACUUUGCCACUCGUGCUGAGCUUUUCCUUCAUAAGCUCUCCAGUCCCAAACACCAUGCUUGUCCCAUAUGCAGUCUCGACUUUCGCAGUCGCGGAGGUCGAGAUGUUCACAUUCGAUCUAAUCACCGGCCAGAACAAGAAAUCGAAUGUACUGGAUGUGGAAGAUUCUUUAAAGCAGCCUCAACCCUCAUAAAACACAUCGAAUGCAAUGACUGUCCUGAGAUUCGCAUUUCGCGCAUGCUGCUCGAACAACACCGCCGAGAACAGGUACACAGUGGUCUCCACCAGCUAGCAAUGGAGGGCCCAAUGACAGGAUCCUUCGAUCCUCUCUCAAAGAACACAGUCGCCGUCCCUGCAGGUGCUAUCGAUCAGCCUAUUCCAGCAAAAGAGCCCGAUGACGACCCUCCUUUAAUCGAGUUCUCCUCUGACUCCGAGGGCUCACCAGUGAACACCAAAAAGACACCAUCAACCACAACAGGUAAAAAGCAAAAUGAAAAGGGAAAAGGAAAAGGAAGACGAUUUGAAGCUUCAAAAAAACCCUCAAGCCCGCAGCCUUUGCGAAUCGCGUCUCAAAACAUGAGACAUCUUACCCUUGACGAAAUCCUCCUUCAAGCACUGAAAUUAGAUGAAGAAGGGUGUCCUGUUAACCCCGAUGCGGUAUUUCCUUCCGAGCCAAAUGAGCUGGUUUCAUACGAGGAGGCCACAGAGGAUCCUCUACCCAGUGGAACCCAGUCAGAUGGUCAAGGUAACUUUGGUGUCCCUCUGAUGCCCAUUUCGGAAUUACUUCGCGAUAGAUUACCCGGGUGGGAAUCGAAUAUGUUCUUCGAUGCGAAUAGGGGUGAGUUUGUCUGUGCCUGUGGAUGGGGUACUGUCAACGUAGCGGAAUUUGAGUACCAUGUUGCUAUGGAGAAGCGGUGGAUUACAGUGACACAAUGCCCGGAAUGCGGUAAAGUUUUCUCUUCCACCGCUGCACUGGUUGCGCAUAUGGAACAGGUACGCAGCCGCUGCAGGAUCCGAGAUACGAAGGACUUUGCUCGUAUUAUGGGCGAUGUUACUGGGGGGUUGGUUCAGAUUCGAGGGGAGUUGCCAGAUGGGGGAGAUCGAAUUAUUGUCCGUCAGCUACAAGAUGCUGGGAUGAUUGUUGAGCCAAUGUUGCAGUUGCAUGGUGCCAAGUAG